AAUUGACGACAUUGCAAUUGACGGUAAAAAAGUUACAAUUACUUUAGAUGCGUCCAAAGGAUUAGACAAUGGUAAUGCCAAAUUUCAAACCGAAGGCACCGGUACUCCGUUAACCGGUAAGGCUGAUGACGGCACUACUGCUGGCACGGCUGCAACUGGCGGUCGAACAGCAAAUUCUCGAAUAGCAGCGGGAGGAAUAGCCACCAUUGAGGUUAAUUGUUCCACUGAAUUAGAGGCGAAUGAGAUGCGUGGUCUAUUGCUUUUAAAAGAUUCCGUCAGGGGUAAACAUGCAGCACGCGCAAAAUGA